AUGAAUACAGAGAGAAACUUCUGGAAGUCGGCAGAACUUGAGAGGACUAAACUGGAGGACACUUUUGUCAGCUACCGGGACCGAAAUAAAAAGGAGCUUGCUUGGAGGAGGGUUAGCGAGGUGGUUGGUGUCUCGGUGGAAGUUUGCAAAAAGCGGUGGAAGAAUCUGAGGGACACAUAUGAGGUGCUGAAGAUACUGCCACCACCACACAAGGGUCUGCGAAACUUGAAUCCAGUCCCCUACCACGCAACACAUAUGGGUCACAACGAAAAGCCAGCUGAAGACCCUACAGCUUUGCUAAUGGCCAUUGUCAAUCCUGACGAGACCCCCAGUGAGGAUACUCAGUUGGGCUCUGCCUCUUCUGCACCAUCGACCCGGUCUGCUUCUCCAGCUCCAUCCUCAAACAAUCCUCCCUCUUCACCAACCCCGUCCUCUUCAUCCUCUCGCCAUAACACCCCUACCCCCAGAAAAAGGAAGAGGACAGAUAGCCAGAGGAUUUUGGACUUUCUCCAAGCAGAGUCGGACAAGGAACAGAGAAGACACGAGGAGUCAGAGGAGAAGACUUUGCGCUUUUUAAGUCUCUUCGAGAGGAUGGUGGAAAAGCUGUAG